AUGGGCCUGCUCACUUUCCUCGGCCUUCGCCGGGAGAACCAGUGGGAGCGCCUCACUCUCCUCGAUCAGCUCCUCCUCUCGCCAUUGACUUUCAUCACCGUCAGGCUCUAUCACAUCUUUCUCUUCCUCCGAGGCCAGCCGUUUGUUCCUCCUCGUGGCAAACCAGCUAUUCGAGUCGUCUGCAUAUCCGACACCCAUGACCAAGUGGUCGACAUCCCCGCGGGCGACAUCCUCAUUCACGCAGGCGACUUGACCAAUUCUGGGACCGCUGAAGACAUUCAAAAGCAGCUCGAUUGGCUGAAGAGCCAGCCUCACCAAGUCAAGAUUGUUGUCUGUGGAAAUCAUGAUAGCUGGUUUGACUCGCGUAGCCGCCUUGACCCGGACGUCAAGGCUGGUGCUGUGGUUAACUUGGAGGGACUGCAUUAUCUUGAAAGUGGCUUGACUGUGCAAGAGAUCCAUGGACGUAAACUCACCAUUUUUGGUGUGCCCGACAUUCCGGAAUGUGGACCAGAGAGCUUUGCAUUCCAAUAUGAGCCUACCAAUUCACCGUGGUUUAGCAGAAUCCCACCUCAGACCGAUAUUCUGGUGACACACUGCCCUCCGAAACACCACUUGGAUCUUGGUCUUGGCGAUCCUAAUCUGCUUAAAGAACUCUGGCGCGUCAAACCUCGUCUCCACGUCUUUGGCCACGUUCACUGGGGCUACGGCAAGGAAUCCAUCUUCUUCGACGACAUGCAGCUUGCCUAUGAGCGGUUGCUCUCUCGGCCUACUCGCGGACCCUUUUGGGAUUUUGUUCCAAACGCUGCUUGGUGGGAUCACUUCUACGUGAUGCUGCAUGGGGUUCAUGCCGUGUUAUGGAAAUGGAUCAUGGGAGGCCCCGGAAGCAACCAAGGUGGCCUGCUUGUGAAUGCUGCUCAGAUGUAUGGAAGCACUGGCAAGGUGAAGAAUAGGGCGGUGGUCGUAGAUAUUUAG